GAGUCUUCUCAAUUCGUCGUCACUCGUCACAUACAUAAACGUUUCCUAUACUACUCCACUCUCAUUGCAUCUUCUCUUCUCUUCUCUCACACAAAAAAUAAUAAUAAUAAACAGUCUAAAAAAAGAAGAAGAAAAUGUCGCUAACUCGACUUAUCUUCAUGUACGUACUCGUUCCCCUCAUUCUCUCCGGCGUCGUUUAUUCUCAAAAGUUAGCCAGAGAUGAAGUGGCCGUUUUAAGAGCCGUGGCGAAGGUGUUACAGCAGAAGAAGUGGAAUUUUAGUGUGGAUCCAUGCGACGUCGCUUCAACCGUAGGAGGUUGGAGAAAUCCUAACGCUGCCAAGGGCUUCGAAGACGCCGUUACUUGUAACUGCUCCUCUACAAUGUGUCACGUCACCAGCAUAGUUCUCAAGGCACAAAACCUUAAUGGAUCUCUUCCUAAAGAGUUUGCAGGACUUCCUUUUCUGCAGGAGAUUGAACUGUCUAGAAACUAUCUCAAUGGUUCAAUUCCUCCUGAAUGGGGAGUCUUGCCGCUUGUAAACGUUUCAGUACUUGGAAACCGGAUAAGUGGUCCAAUCCCAAAAGAGAUUGGAAACAUUACUACCCUUACUAGCCUUAUCUUGGAACUUAACCAGAUUUCAGGGAAAUUACCUCAAGAACUGGGGAAUCUACCAAACAUUCAAAGGAUCUUACUCAGCUCGAACUAUUUGAGUGGAGACAUCCCAAGUACAUUCUCCAAACUUACAACAUUGAUUGAUUUACGUAUAAGUGACAACCAAUUCACCGGUACUAUACCAGAUUUCAUCCAGAACUGGACAAACCUUGAAAAACUAGUUAUUCAAGCAAGUGGUUUAGUUGGACCGAUUCCUAAUACCAUUAGUACUCUCAAGAAGUUAACAAACUUGAGAAUCAGUGAAUUGAGCGGACCAGGAUCUCCAUUUCCGCCACUACAAAACAUGACAUCUAUGAAGACAUUGAUUCUUAGAAACUGUAAUCUUACAGGAGAGUUACCUGCGUAUCUUGGACAAAUCACAUCUUUAAGACUCUUAGAUCUUAGUUUUAAUAAACUAAGUGGACCAAUUCCAGUAACAUAUAGCACUCUUUCGCGAGUUAACAUAUUUCUUACAAGUAACAUGUUAAGUGGGGAAGUUCCAAGUUGGAUGGUAGACAAUGGAGACAAGAUUGAUCUUAUUUACAAUAACUUUACCAACGAUAUAAGAACCGCAGAAUGUCAGAAGAAGGCUGUGAAUAUGUUUUCAAGCACAAACCCUUUAGUGGCAAAUAGCUACUCAAACGUUUCUUGUCUGAGUAGAUAUACAUGUCCCAAAACUUUCUAUGGCCUUCAUAUAAACUGUGGUGGUACUGAACUUAUAAUCAAUGGGACUAAGUAUGAUGCUGAUUCAUCGGAUAGACCAAUCUUCUAUGACAGUAGAAACGGUUGGGUUUCUAGCAACACCGGGAAGUUCUUGGAUGAUGAGAGGUCUCCCAAAGGAGUAACAUUCUGCACAAAUACGUCAGAGAUUAAGUUUGCAAAUCCUAGUCUUUAUACGCAUGCCCGUCUCUCUGCCAUUUCCAUUACUUACUAUGCAUUGUGUCUUGGACAAGGAAGUUACACUGUUAAUCUUCACUUCGCUGAAAUUAUGUUCAGUGACAAGGAAACGUAUAGCAGUUUGGGGAGACGAUUCUUUGACAUAUAUGUUCAGGGAAAACUUGAGGUUAAAGAUUUCAAUAUAGUAGAUGAGGAAAAAGGUGAUGGAAGAGCUGUGGUUAAGAGUUUCCCGGUCAUGAUUACAGAUGGUAAACUGGAGAUAAGAUUGUUCUGGGCUGGUAAAGGAACUCAAGCUACUCCUGUAAGAGGUGUAUAUGGUGCUCUCAUAUCGGCUGUAUCUGUAGAUCCAAAUUUCGUUCCACCAAAGGAAGAUAGCACUGGAAGUGGUGGUGGAAGCUCUAUUGUCACGUUGGUUGUUGCUGUAGUUGCUUUGACGGUGUUAUUUUUGGUUUUAAUCGGCAGUAUUUUAUGGUGGAGAGGUUGCUUAAAACCCAAGAGUCAAAUGGAAAAAGAUUUCAAGAACUUGGAUAUCCAGAUAAGUUCAUUCUCAUUGAGGCAAAUCAAAGUUGCUACAAACAACUUUGAUCCAGCAAACAAGAUUGGAGAAGGUGGCUUCGGUCCUGUACACAAGGGAACGUUGACAGAUGGAACUGUAAUUGCGGUGAAGCAGCUAUCAUCGAAAUCAAAACAAGGGAACAGAGAGUUCUUGAACGAGAUUGGUAUGAUUUCAGCUCUACAACAUCCACAUUUGGUUAAACUGUACGGAUGUUGCGUAGAUGGUGACCAGCUUUUGCUAGUUUACGAGUACUUAGAAAACAACAGUCUCGCUCGAGCACUUUUUGGUUAGUCCAUCCUCUCUGAAUAAAGCUUUAGCUUAAAACAUUAUGUAUCCAACGUUAUAUAUCUCAUUCUAAAGGUCCUCAAGAGACUCAAAUAAGACUAGAUUGGCCAACGAGGCAGAAGAUCUGCGUUGGAAUAGCUAGAGGACUAGCUUAUCUUCAUGAGGAAUCAAGACUCAAAAUCGUACACAGAGACAUCAAAGCU